AUGUCUUCCGUGAACCAGGUAUAUAUAGCUGUUAUAGGAGCCGGCGGCGUAGGCCGCCACUUCCUCUCCCAGCUCUCAGUUCUCAGUCACAAAGUCCCCAACAUCUCCCUCGUCCUCAUCUCCCGCUCCACCAAAAGCCUCCGCGCCUCCCACCGCACCACCCCCCUCUCCCUCGAGACGUGGGAAAAAGACCUCGAAGCAUCCACCUCGCCCGCCCUCACAGUCGACCAGACUCUCAAGUUCCUACAAGAACUCCCCGACAAGCGCGUCCUAAUUGACAACACCAGCAGCCAAGACGUCGCCGACGCUUAUCCCGCGUUUUUGAACCACGGCAUCAGCAUUGUGACGCCCAACAAGAAAGCUUUCUCCAGCACCCUCGACCUCUGGCAUUCCAUCCACGAGUCUUCCUACCGCCCGUACGAUCCUUAUCUCGGCCGCGGCCUACUGUAUCAUGAAUCCUCCGUCGGCGCCGGCCUCCCCAUCAUCUCCACCCUCAAAGACCUCAUCGACACCGGCGACACCGUCCGCCGCAUCGAGGGCGUCUUCUCCGGCACCAUGAGCUUCCUCUUCAACAACUUCGCGCCCGUGGACGGCAAAGGCGGCAAAUGGAGCGCGGAAGUCCGAAAGGCGAAGGAGGCAGGCUUCACCGAACCGGACCCCCGCGACGAUCUCAACGGCGUCGAUGUAGCGCGGAAACUGGUGAUUCUCGCGAGGCUGGUGGGGUUGCAGGUUCAGAGCACGGAGAGCUUCCCCGUGCAGUCGCUUAUUCCGGUGGAGCUGGAAGGGGCGGAGAGCGGAGAGGUGUUCAUGGAACGGUUGGGCGAGUUCGACAAGCAGAUGGACGAGGUGAAGAAUGAAGCUGUGCUUGAGGGAAAAGUGGUGAGGUUCGUGGGCAGCGUGGAUGUGGGGAGGAGGGCGCUGAAGGUGGGGCUGGAGAAGCUGGACAAGGCCCAUCCGAUUGCGGGACUCGAGGGGAGCGAUAAUAUUGUCAGCUUCUAUACGGAGAGCGCCGGCGGCGCCGUCACCGCCAUGGGCGUCACGGCCGAUUUGAUCAAAGUCAUCCAGCGCGUCUCGUAG